CUGCUGAGCGAUUCUCUCUGCUCUUUGCUCGGCCCUCCCUUUGCUUUCUCUACCUGGAACGCCUUCUUCUUCCUCCGUUCCGAUUCUGUUUCCCCGUUCUCUCAAAUCCCUCGAUCUCACAAUUCCCUUUUCCACUCCCCAUUUCUGAAAAUUUAGGGUUCUAAUUCGAUUUCUGUGCCUAAUUUCUUCAUCCAUUUUGUUUUUUGUUCGUAUCAAUUCGUUUGAUUCCUUUAUGAUUCUCCCUUUUCCUCUAGGGCAUCUUUGAUUUCCUUGUUGUUGUUGUUUCUCUCUCCUCUGUUAAUCUGUGUGCGAGUGUGAAGAAGGAGCUUGAAAUCAAUCAACACCACCGCCAUGAAGGUCCACCCAUUGCCGAGGAAUCGUAGUAUAAUCGUUCGUAAUAACCCCAAUUCGAGAAGCUCUCUCGAGAAUCAAUCUCUUCUGAACCACAAGAAACUCAGUAGAUUACCACAUAUUUUCAGUCGGGUUCUUGAGCUUCCAUUUCGAUCUGAUGCGGACGUUUUGGUGGAAGAGAAUCGUGAUUGUUUUCGAUUCGUUGCUGAAACUGAUGGUAGAAUUAGCGAUCGAGUAAGGGCUCAUGCUGUGGAAAUCCAUCCUGGGGUAAUUAAGAUCGUUGUGCGUGAAAAUGAAUCGUUGGAAUUGGCAAUUGAUGAGCUCGAAUUGGAUAUGUGGAGGUUCCGGCUACCGGAGACGACGCGGCCGGAGCUUGCGAGUGCCGCCUUUGUCGACGGAGAGCUUAUAGUUACUGUUCCAAAGGGUAAUGAGGAGGAGAAUUCAGAAGAUGGUGGAGGAGAUAUCUGGGGAGAUGGGAGCGGGAGCUUCAGAGAUGGAAUGGAAGGUCGGCUUGUUCUUGUACAGUAAAUUGAAUCCUUCCCUUUUUUUCCUUUUUUUUUUUUUUUUUUUUUUUUUUUUUUUUUUUUNUGUACUAAGUGCUGGAAAUUUACUACAUCAUUAUCAAUGUUCUUCCAGAUUUCCUGUUAGUUUUCCAUUGCUGAAUCAGUUCAUGACCCAUUAAAUGAUAUUUAGAAUGAAAA